GCGAAUAUGGUGGAUAGGAACCAUGAGUAGUGUAGGUCCGGAACCAAGAGGAAUUUUGAUCAGCACGGAACUCAUACGGCGGGCAGUUUAAACCGCCGGAAGUGACGUUUAGGACAAAAAGCGUUCACUCGUUAUUUCCAGGUUGGCAUGGAUUUAAUGUGGUAAACAAACCGUUUGGUGUUUAUUUAGGCUUCUUUAUUUAUUAUUUACAAUACGCCGUUAAGUUCGCGUAUGUCGUAAUGCCACUGAAUGCCUGCAACACAAUGAAGCUAACGAGCUAAUAUUCCGGUUGCUAAGCAGCACAGCUAGCGGAGCUGCUGCAUGUCUAGCAGCAUUAUUGAGGUAAAAUGAAGAGAAAAGUGGCCAAAUUAAAACUGAGCCCUAACGAAGAGGCCCGAAUAAUACGAGAGGAGCUGGACAGGAGAAGGAAACUGCGAAUACAGCAGGUGCGGGAGCAGCAGCGAUGCAUUGCGCUUCAUAUCCGCCAAGAGGUUGAGCAGAGACGGCAGCGUGAGCUGAAGCAGCUGGAGGAGGAGCUGAGGGAGGACUGGGAGAGACAGCAGAGGGAAAAACUCCACACUCUGCAGAGACUAUAUCAGGAGAGCCUGCAGCUCCUCGGUCAGGGACACAGGAGUGCAAAAGAAAAUGAACCUGACUUGGCAGCCAUCGCCCAGAGAGAGGAGGAAAAUCACAUCAAGGCAGAGGAGCGUUAUCGAGAUGCCCUAAAGGAGCUCAAAUCACAGCGGCUUAAAGAUCAUGAGAGGCAAAGCCGACCCAUCAAUGCCAGGAAGAAGGCACUGCAGGCAGAGAAGGAGAGAUCAGCAAAAGUGGCCAGCCUCCCACUGCCCCUCCCAAACCCCAUUCAGUGCAUCGAUACCAAGAGGCCUCAUCUAGUGAAGAAAUCUGAUGUGAGCGCCUUCGCUGCCACACAUUACCACAUGCCUGAGAGCUCAGUGGACCGAGAGGAAGGCACAGAACAGCCUAACGCCAAGGAGGGAGCUGAGCUGGAGGCGAGGAGACUGCAGGACUUGCAGAGGGAGGAAGGGAGGAGGAGAGAAGAGCAGCUUGAGAAGGCUCGUCUCAGAGGGAAACAAGCUUUGAGGAGGGAACACCUCGUCCAGGAUCGUGACCGCUUACUUGUUGAACUGGAGCACAUGCAGCAGACAGACCUGCUGAGGAGGAGACAGCAGGUGUCACAGAUGCCUCCUCAGAUCUUCCAGCCUCUCUAUAAGAGACAGGAGACAAGGGAGGAAUUCCAGAGGGAGAUGGAGUUUGCCUUUGAGGACAUGUACACCGGAGAAAGAAGGGUUAAAGGAGACCUGGUGGUCCAGCUGGUACCAGAGCCUCUGCCAGCUCUCUCUUCAUGCAGCCAGGACCAAGAACUGGAUGUCACUCUGGAUGAAAUUUCUCUGCAAGCACAACAUGACACUGAGCAGGAAGCCAGAAGCACUGAACAGGAGACAACUGCUCAAGCAGAACCCUCCAGACCUGCUCCUAGACAGGCGUUGAAGAAACUCCUGGAUCGUAUCCGGAGCCAGAGGACCCAGUGGACAAACAGUCACGUCCCCGCAGCUGAUUUACCGUCUACCAUUAAUGAUCAGAUCCCAGAGCGGGACACAACCAUCGACACAGGCUCUCUGGCCAGCGAAGAGAAAGAAGAGCUGCCCCCUGAGCCCGCCCACUCACCACCGGGACCAGCGUUGGAGACAACAGAGCAGAUAACUGCAGCAGAUACUCAACUCCCUGAUGUAUUUGCCAAAAGAGUUCAAGAGUUUGAAGAAGAACGGAAGAAAAGGGAAGAGGAGCUCGAGAGGGAGAAGCAGCAGCAAGUGGUUUUGCUUCAGGAGCUCGAAGAGCAAAAAGCUAAACUGGAGCAGAUGCUGCUUGAAGCCCAGCAGGAGAGAGAAGAUCUGAAGGCUGUUGUGACCCAGCAGGAAGUAUCUGUUGACCAACCAGAAGUACCUGUCCAUGACCAGGAAGGCUCCUCUGUAACUGCUGGUGAAGCCGCUGAGCUGGUGCCUCCUGCAGGUGAAGAUGACCACAACAGAAGGAUUAGAGAAUAUCAACAGAGACUGCUUGAACAAAACAGAAUUCACCAGAGGUCAGUGGAAGUGGCUCGUCAGCGGCUGGAGGAAUAUCAGCGAGCUCUACGAAUUCGUUACAACAUGACCGCCACAUCGUCACCACCUGUAGUCGUGCCUUCUGUCUUCAUUCCUCCACCUCUGCACAGCGCUCAGUCUGUGCAUCUUCCAGCUCCUCUGCAGCUCUCCAAAACUCCUGCAGUGCAUGCAUACAACCACGCUAGAUCACAAACACCUAUGGAAAUCCUCACAAGAGAGUCUGACAGCUUGGCUUUACCUUCACAGCUUCCUGGCUCCAGAGUAUGUGCAGGCUCCAAGUUGCCCCUGGAUGAAUCUAUUUCCGACAUUCCCAACAACCAGAGACAAGAUGCCACCUCCUGGUUGACUGACAACAUAAUGGAGAGAGUAACAGAGCACCUAGCAGAGAGAGUGAGACCCUCCUCUGAUCCUCCGUCUCACAAACUGUUCACAACACGUCACUCAAUUAACAUCUCACUCCAGCCAACCUCUGAUCCAAUCGAAGCCACACGCUCAAGCAUCAGAGACAUUGCAGCUCCUACACCAGGCCAUGCAGCGGUGAAGCCUGGGAGCUCGCUGCAUGGCUCUGGGUCCCUGAGCCCCAGAGAGGACGACGACAUGGAGAGGCAAAGACGAGAGCUGCAGAAGGUCCAGAGGAAGGUGCUGCAGCAGAGGGAGGCAGUGGCGCUGCAGCAGGAAGAGGAGAGGCAGAGGCAGAGGCGGGUGCUGCAGCAGAGGCAGCAAGAAGAGGAGAGACAGAGACAGGAGCUGCAGGAGGUCCAGAGGAGGGUGCUGCAGCAAGAAGAGGAGAGACAGAGACAGGAGCUGCAGGAGGUCCAGAGGAGGGUGCUGCAGCAAGAAGAGGAGAGACAGAGACAGGAGCUGCAGGAGGUCCAGAGGAGGGUGCUGCUGCAAGAAGAGGAGAGACAGAGACAGGAGCUGCAGGAGGUCCAGAGGAGGGUGCUGCAGCAAGAAGAGGAGAGACAGAGACAGGAGCUGCAGGAGGUCCAGAGGCGGCUGCUGGAGCAGAGGCAGCAAGAAGAGGAGAGGAGGAGAAUAGAGCUGCAGGAGGUCCAGAGGCUGGUUUUGGAUCAGAGCAAAGCAGUGGCCCUGCAGCAUGAAGAGGAGAGACAGAGGCAAGAGCUGCAGGAGGUCCAGAGGCGGGUGCUGGAGCAAAGGGAGACAUUGGUGCUGCAGCAAAGGCAGCAAGAAGAGGAGAGACGGAGGCAAGAGGUGCAGAUGGAGCGCAUGAGGCGGCAAAAGGAAAUGUUGCAGGCUCUGAUUCAUACUGAUGCACAACCGGUGCCAGAGGUGUCCAGUGAAGAGCCUGUUUCAGAGAACAUCAGUCAGACUCGCCUCAGUUUACUUACAUCCCUGCUGAGAGCUAUAGAGGAAUCUAACGGAGGAACUCUAUCACACCUAGAAGACCCUCAGGAGAGAGAUUUCUCCCCUCCACAACCGCCACCUGUCCGUUCUGAGACAGAUCUCAUCUCUCAGAGCCCUGCCCCGGCCUCAGCCCUCCCCUCAAAUCACCUCCCUCCUCCUCGAGCAGUAAAGCCCCCGCUGACCCGCAUCAGGCUGGGCGUCAUGGAGAUGAUGACUGAACAACAUGAACUUAGUGCCAUUCAAGAGGUGGAGACAUCAGUCAACACCAGCCAAGUCACAGGCCCCGAGGAGAGUGAGAAGGUUCUUACACAGACGCAGGAUUCGGAUCCGCAGGAGGAUUCAGAAUCGUCUGUGGCCUCUGACGCAACUCUGCAGACACCCUCCUGGUCCAGCAGCGAGCAACGGGCUGCUGAGCGAUUGAGCGGCUCUGAAACGAGCCAUCUCAUCUGGAGAGAGAGGCUGCUGAUGGGGUCAGGAACAUCAGAAUCCUCAGAGUCCGAUUCAGUCCUGAGGAUAAUUUCACCACCUUCUUCUGACUCUGGGAGAGGAGCUGACUACUCUGGUCCUGCAGUCACCAGCUACAGAUCCCCCACAGAGUCUGCACUUAGGCCUCCUGAAUACGACUGCCUCUCCUCCACCACCAUCUCCACCGGCAGCUACAUCACCACCGACCCGGAGCAAAACGUAAACACUGAUAACUCCCAGCCGUUCAGACUGUGUGUAGAACAAGGAAGAGGAGCAGAUUUACUGGAUGUCUCCUCUCCGUCCGAUCAGAGCUCCUAUCUGCAGGACAGCUCUGCUGCAGGUCGUCCUGCUCCGGCUGUAGACUCUCUGUUUAAUGACAGCAGCAUCCAGAACAUUAUAGACAGAUACACAAGGGAGCUUAACAUCUCCCUCAGCACUGCUGGUAAAACCACAGACAGUGAAGGCUCUUAUGUAGAGGACCCCGGCUCUUCAGUGUCUCAGCAGUCUUCGGUUCAAGUAUCAGAGAGGAGAGCGGAGGAUGAAAGCUCUGCAGCUCGUCCGUCUCCGUCCUCGGACACAGCAGGAGCUCAGAGGAUCAGCCUGAUGAUCAAGUCCUCUGCUGAACUGAGCAAUGAUGUGAAAUUACUGAGCCUGAAGUGUAUUGAAUUAAAAUACGUUUUAUGA